AUGUCUUCCUUGAACAGCGGAGCUGGAGGCAGCGCCAGGACGUUAUUUCCCAAGGGACCAAGCUUCACGCUCGAGAACUUCUCGAAUAAGGACUUCAUAGUUAGGGACUUUAUCGAAGACCUUUCUGAAAGUGCUGUACCAGCAAAUCGACGUUCUGGGCCGGCGCAGCAAGCUUUCGAUCCCAAACCUCUUAUCAGAACCUUUGAAAAUGCUUUGUCACAGCUGGGAUCACUUUCCGAGGAAUUGGGGGAGAAAGAAACAGACCUCCUGACAUCCGUACGGCGCGCUGAGAUCCAGCAUGACCAAACACUCGAUACAUUAGGGAGGAAGCUGGACGAGACAAUAGACUCCUUCCAAGAUCUUGACCUUCAAAUCAACCAACCGAAUGGAGCGAACGGAAGCGACCGACAUGGCCGGCCAGACGCCGGAGGGCUAGUUGCUGUCCAGAUCGGAGAAAGACUGGAGGAGUUAGACAAGCAACGAAGACGAGCGCAGGACGCCAACUUCCUAAUACAAUGCUGGUCCGAAGUCAGUGAGGCUGGCGAGCUUACGUCGCUGGAGGAGAUGAUACGGCGACAGGGAAGUGGGGAUAACAAAGUACGAUGUGCUAUCAUUGCUAGGCAACUUAUGAAGAUGAGCCAGAGACUGGACCCGAAUUCAUGGGCCCAGGCGAAUGGCUUGAAGAAGACGAAUGGCUUGAAGAAGACGAAUGGUGUCACAAAUGGGGUUAUUGGGUAUAGAGGGCACAAUACGAGGGAGCUCAUAGAAAAGUUCUCGGAAACUCUGGAGAAGGACUUGUUGAAGCAAUUUGAUGAAAGCUAUCGAAGGCAGAACUUCGAUGAUAUGCUGGAAUGCGCCAAGGUCCUGCAUGAUUUCAAUGGGGGUUCGAGUGUUGUUGCGUUGUUCGUCAACCAACAUCAGUUUUUCAUUGAUCGAAACCAGUUGAUUACUGAGGAGGUAACGACCGACAACGAAACGUGGGAACGAUUGGCAGACCCGGAUUCGGAUCCCCCUGGGGUUGAACCCAGUCUCCAAUCGCUAGUAGAUGAAAUCCGAGUGGUCAUGCAAGAUGAAUCGUUCAUUAUUAGGCGGGCAUUCCCCUACUAUGAGCUUGUUUUGAUCAAGUUCAUCCAGAGAAUUUUUCAGCAGUCUAUACAACAGCGGUUGGAACUAGUAUUGGAAAAAGCCGAUACCAUAUCAUCGCUAGCUUUCCUGCGGUCAAUGCACGCCGCCAGGAGCUAUAUCAACAACCUGGUUGAAGAUUUGAAAGCUCAUGGCUUGACAGAGCAUCCAGAAGCUUGCUCGGCUCAGACCGCCUUGAGUUUAGAUCAACAGUUAGACGAGCUGUUUGUUCCGUACCUAGUUGGGAAUGCGUACAUAGAAAGAGAAAGGAAGAGCUUGGAAGAAUUAUACUCUUCAUUGCUUUUCAAAUUCACGAUUUACCAUUCGCGGCGGAAGAAGGUUCCAACUGGGUUUAUGGCAUCACUCACACAACAAGGUACCCAGCUACUGUCGUCAGCAAAGGAUGCAUACAUCAAUCGUUUAGAUUCCUCGGAACUUACGCCAACACAGAAAGCCAUGAUGUUACGAGUUGCCGGUCUCAGAGACCAAGACGAUAAUGCGAAGAAUGAGAUUGAGGUCACAGACGAGGACGGUAUUCUCAGUAUUCCAAAUGCUAAGCGGAUGCUCAAGUGGUUGGCCGAAGGUGUGCGACGAGCACUUGAGCUAGGCAGUGGCAGCGAUACUCCAAAGGACGUCUCAGCUCUUCUCAAUCUCCUUUUGACGAGCAUGGGACAGGUAUACGUCGAGACUGCUUUGGAUGCAGCGGCAGACCUUGCGCUAUCUCAAGAGACAAUAAAGACGGAACCAAAUCUGCAAUAUCUCCCUUCACUACAACCCGCCAUCACGAUUACGAAUAUCAUGUCACGUUUUAUCAAUACCGUUCUCAUCAAGCUUGCGGAAUCAAAUACCACCGUGCGGCGCAACAUGGAGUCGCAAACCAAAUCAGGAGUGCAAAGGAUCGAAGCGAAAACGAACGACAUUAUUCGAAGCACUAUUACAGUCAUCGUCAACUGGGUUACUAAAUUAUUGGCUACCCAAAAGAAGGUCGACUUCCGUCCAAAAGACAGUGAUCUGCUAGAUGGCUCAUAUCUUGAAUCAAUGCAGACAACGACCUGCCUCACAAUCUGCACAUUCCUCAACAAAACAGCAGGACUCGCUGCUCAAGCAAUCGAUGGUCAGAAUUUGGAAACAUUCAGCGGCGAGCUUUCAUUCAGGAUACGAGAUCUCUUAUUCGAGCAUUUCAAGAAAUUCCAGGUCAACGCUACUGGUGGAUUGAUGGUUACGAAAGAUCUCUCCAAAUACGUCUCAACACUAAAGGACUGGCCAUUGACGAAAGAAGCUGAGGCAAGUGUGGAGGUACUUGGUGAAAUUGGCAAUUUGUUCAUCAUUGGACCUGAAGCUCUCCGCGAGAGGUCAAGGAACUUCCAGCCGGGUGGCGCGGGCAAGAAGCUGCAAAAGUCGGACUUUAGAGCGUUUGUGGUGAAGAGAGAUGAUGCUAGCAGUGUGGGCAUUCAGAGCGUGCUGGCUGGACUGUGA